UAAUUACGUAUUUUAGUUUAACAUGUAACAUGUAAUAGGUAACAGUCUCUGUUUACUGUGAUCCAAAGUAAAAAUAAAUAAUAAGCCGCAAUAUCAAUUAAAAAUGGAGGUAUCGAAAAACCUAAACAUUCGCCAUUUAAAUCAUAUUACGGAAGAAGACGUAAAAAUUAUUGUAAAAAAAUGUGGCUUUACAAGCGAUGAGAUAUCAAUAAAAGAUUAUACAGUGAAUAUUGCCAGUAAUAAAAUGUUGGGAUUUCUCUCGGAUUAUUGGAAACUCAAAGUUCACCUUUCGAUAAAUGAAGUUGAAAACAAAGUAUUGUGUUUUUUCAUUAAGGCAGUCUCCAAAACUAAUGCAGCUAAAGCAAACAUGGUCAAGGAAAUGAAUCUAUUCAAGAAAGAAAUAUUUUUUUAUACCGUUCUAAAAGAAAAGAUGAUGGUGCCUGGUUUGAAACCUUGGAGUGCUAUAUUUGUGACAUCGUUGGACGAAGCCAUGGUGUUAGAAGAUUUAGACACUUUACAUUACAAGAGUUGUGAUAAAUUUCUAAGGUUUGAUACGCCUCACACGCUACGUGCAUUAGAAACUUUAGCCAGAUUCCAUGCCUCUUCUAUUAUACUCGAAAGCAGAAAAUCAAAAAUUCUUGGACGCCCUUAUAUCAUACACAACGAAUUCGAACAGUUUUUGGACCAAGGUGGAUAUAAAGAAACUGAUAUUUGGUUCCAACAGUGCCUGAAUGGAGCUCUAGAAGCGGUCAAAUCAUAUUCGAAAUACUCCACUGACAAAUAUAUCAGACAAAUAGAAAGCAACUGGACCAAUAUUUGGUUGUCUGCCUUAUCUUUGAGCAACUUUUCUUCUAAGUAUAAAAAUGUUAUCUGUCAUCGUGAUUUAUGGAAUAAUAAUAUUUUAUUCCAUUAUGAAAAGGUUGAUGAAACAUUGUUGCCUGAUAACUGUGUUAUGGUGGACUUUCAAGCUAUCAGGUGCCAGCCACCCGCUGGGGACGUUAUGCUUCUGUUAUAUUGUAAUUUAGACCCUACGUUUAGGGAGGAAAAUAUGAAUAUGUUUCUAAGCUAUUAUUACAAGGCGCUUAAAAUAAUACUUGAGACUUGGGAUAUUUCAAUAAGUGAUAUUUUAACUGAAAAGGAAUUCCUACAAUCAGCCGAAGAACAAAGACUAUGGGGCCUUGUAGUAUGCGCUUGCCUGAUACCACAAUUUUGGAUAAAUGAAGAUCUAACGACCGAAGUAUUCACUGAUACAGCUCGAUUUGAGGAUAUAAUGUCAAAAGAUAAAGGUACUUUUAUUAAAACAAUUAUGGAAGUUAAUACUGAUUACAAGGAAAAGGUUCUAGAAAUAUUUGAGGAGAUAAUAGAAAGAUAUUGUCUACCUGAUUAUCUCUGAAUCUGGCUGGACUUACAUUUAUGUGAUAAUAUUAUAUCAUACAUACAUGAAUGAUGGUUCACAUAUUCUUUGUAAAUUAAGAUGCUUUCGAUGAAAUAAUGUUUUUACCGCUUUCGGUUGAUUCUUGAUUAUGCUUAAACCUUUUGUAACUCCAAUUUGCGUUGGGCAUAAAUUUAUUGUUCUCAAGUCUACGCGUACCAAACUUUUUAUACCAAUAGUCAUCAUUUCUUCGGUUAUAAAUACUACAGAAAGGUCGGAUCAACAAAAUGUAGAGAAGUUCUACAAAGCUUAAGAUACUGGCUCCUAAGAAUAGGCCACCCGUUCCUCCAGUUGACACUGUAAAUAGAACCACUUUUAAAUCGUACAUAUUUUCGUUUAAAAAUGUAUAAGUAAAAAACAUAUACUUUCAUAGUUAUCUAC